UAAACAGCCUCUGUAUGCUGUGCAACAGCAAGAAACAACGACGAAUACGCAUUUGGAGAACCAUCACUAUUCACCGGCAUAGGCUGAUUCUUUCUAUGACGACCGGGACUGAGCACACCAACAAGUGACCUGUACUCUUUCGGGCACAAAGUCUCUCAUUCUCUCUCUCGUCCUCACUCUUUUAGAAAACCGUCCCCUAGGGCUUGUCCUCUGCAAAAGCGUGCGUAGACACACGGCCUGCCAUCACCACCACCACCACCACGAAGGAGAAGAAGAGGAAGAAUAUGGCCACGAGAAGCGGCAGCGGCAUGCAGCCCACCACGACGACGCGGGCGUCGAUGAUGCCUGUCCAUGGCAGCGCAGGUGGCGGUGCCAGCGGCUCUGGCGUCAAGUCUCGACAGCUGACACACCUUCACUCGCAGCUCGCGCAGCUGUCUGCGAACCUGGCCGACACGGAGAACCUGCUGCGCAUGACGAGCGUGCAGGCCGAGGCCAUGAAGGGUCUUGCGGCCUGGCAUGGGGGCAUGUUCAUGGCGGCGAGCAAAGUCUUGGGCGAGGAGUCGGUGAAAGAUCAGCAGUCAAAGUGAAGAGGGCCAUGUGGUGACCACAUCGCCCGAGGAGACGAGCCGCCUGGGUGUCAGGGCAGAGGAUCAAUCGCCGGGUCGCGAGUGGGCAUGUCCGUCCGUCGCGAUAGGGCGCGUCUCUCUCACGGAGGAUCCUGUUGUCAAGAAAGCCGAGGUCAUGCCAGCGAGUCCACCGCACAGAUGGCCGAUACGACAACCUUCGCGUGCAGCCGUAAACCUCUCAGAGCACUUGAGUUUCUGGUGCUGUCAGGGAACUCUGGAUAAAGAGAGCUUGCCAUGUGGCUUUGAUAUUGGGCACAAUAUAAGCAUCAGCUGAUGACUGUGGCCCGGUCGAAGGAAAGCAAGACUAUGGUUUUUGCAAUGAGUCUCCGUCCGAGACUUCGUUUUGAGUUGAUUCAUAAAUAAUCAAUUGACUUUUAAAAUUUAA